CCUUACACUAAAGACUCUUUCCUUCCUUUCCAGUAACGUAGCAAUGAUGCCACAACUGCCGCUAGUUCUAUAUUUGCUAUCUGCAACCUUGCCCAUUACUCUGGGCGGUGGCUCCGAUGGAACAUACGGAAGCGGUGGAGCGACCAACGGCCAGAUGCAGUUGAACACUCAGCAAGCAGUCGCCCUGGACAACGGUAACCAUAACUCCGUGGCUCAAUCACAGGGCGUCAUCGCCGGCACAACGCUGAACAUUGGGGGGAACGCUGGUACCAGUCUGCAGUUUGAUCCUACGUUGAUCGCUAAACCAGCGCCAGUCUCCGGCAGUAACUCCGUCAAUGCCGAUGGUAGUGCCAUGACCGGGGUUCUGCAGAGCAACCAGAACAGUCAGUCCAACAGCAGCGAUGGGCAACACCACAAGGUCACCAGCCAGUCGCAGAUCACCGGCAACGGCACGGGAAUGCACAUGAGUAAUAGUGCCAGUGGCAGUCUGUAUCUGCUCAGCACCACCCCGGUGUACCCUACCCGUUUCCCGUGCAUGGGUGUCACGUGUAACGGUUACGGCUGCAUGGUGAUUGAGAACGGGUAUUCCUGCUACUGUGCAUGCCCUACAACGCGGUACUACUAUGAUUCAACAUACCCUCGGCACCACCCACUCCGUCGCCUCAAACAGCGUAUCAGCGCCAGAGAAGACCUGCGACCUCGACGAACCCUAAGGGACAUAAUGCUUUGAAGGGUCGCGAAAAGCAUAUGGUUACGCGGGAUAACUCUAACCAACACGGUCGUACCUCCAUGCCCCGCAAUUCCCGCUCCAAAGCAUGAUCAGCGUUAUGUACUCUGUACUCUGAUAAUCUCUACUCGAUGUUAACUGUCGAUGCUAAUUUAUGCGUUCCAGAGCGUCUCUUUUGCGCGAUGCAACUGUACAUGUGAGGGACCGAGUUUGCA